CACAGCAGAGACGCGUCUGAUAGAAACCAGAGAACUAUUCGGGAUAUUUUCAGUGACUCAACAAAACGUAUCUACGAUAAGAAGUUCGGCGCCUGUAAGCUCAUGUCUGGCCGUGAACGGAGCUAUAUUACCCCCCACCUGCACUUAAUUGUUUCGGAGUUCUGCUCUCGGUUCCUGUGGGCGCGUAACUUUUUUUAUACCAGGACAAAAACUUGGAUUUUGGGGCACUUUGGCAGGAGACGGGACAUCGUGUGCACAGACAUAGAAGUCAACAAAUGGCUCUCAUUUACGGGUAGAGGAGGGAGAUUAUGAAAGUUUGAAGUUGCUGAAUGGAAAGUUAGUGUGUACUUUCUUGGCUGCAGGGUAUUUAAAGUAACAUCUCAUUUGAACCACUGGAAGUUGAGGAGGACAUUUAUUCUUAAAGGCGUUUACGAGUUUUAUAUCACAAUGAUCGGACCAGUUGUUUUCCAGAUGUGGACGGUUUUAUUUUUGGGGACUAUCACCGGGUUCUGCAGGGCUCAGGUCGCCACCGCCAAAGUGCUGAGAGGUAACAUCAGGAGAGAAGACAGCAAUCGCCUCACCACAGACUUUUACUGCAAAGAGGAAAACAUCACAGUAACGCCAACGAGAGGAGCCAUCUACAGCCCGCGCUACCCCAACGCUUACCCCCGCAAUCUGCUGUUGUCAUGGAAACUGCUGUCCCCACCUGGUAGUCGCAUACACCUGGAGUUCGACGGACACUUCGGACUGGAGGAGGCUGAGAAUGGAGUGUGCAGGUAUGACUUUGUUGAAGUGGAGGACCAAUCAGAGACCAGCACUAUAAUUUGGGGUCGCUGGUGUGGGCAGAAGGCACCUUCUAGUCUCAACUCCAAAACCAACAUGCUCAGAGUCACCUUCAAGUCGGACGACUACUUUGUUGCAAAGCCGGGAUUCAAAAUCUUCUACUCCCUGCUGUAUGAAUCUCCCUUGCCUGCGUCCAACACCAACUGGGAGGCCGUCACUAUGCCCAUGUCGGACAGUGUUGGAGGGCAGAUGCCAGUGGCAGUCACGGAGGUUCCUUUCUCAUUGGAGGAUUUGGACCGAACCAUAGCUGCCUUUGAAACUGUAGAGCAGCUGUUCAGAUCGCUCAGCCCAGACACCUGGAGACAGGACCUGGACAGCAUCUACACUCAAACACACAUCCAUUAUAGAUCCAGGGCCUAUCACCUGGCAAGCAGACAUAAUAAAGUUGAUCUGAACCGCCUCUAUGACGACGUCAAGCGCUACAGCUGUACGCCUCGCAACUACUCUGUGAACCUGCGUGAGGAGCUGAGGGCCACCAACGCCGUCUUCUUCCCCCGAUGUCUGCUGGUCAAACGCUGUGGAGGCAACUGUGGCUGCGGAACAGAGAACUGGAACAACGGCUGUACCUGUCAGGCCUCCAAGACAACUCACAAACUACACGAGGUGCUGAAGUACGCCCCGGAGGUUAGUCUGCAUCAGCGCCAUCGGAGGCCGGGGAGGGUGCGCUGGGUCAUAGAUGAAAUCUUCCUCCCACACCAUGAAAAGUGCGAGUGUGCAUGUCCAUCCCAGCCCCCCCGCUGAGAAACCAAGAUUUGGACAUACAUCAGGAAAUGAUGGACGAGAUCUUUUUUUAUACAUUUUUGCAAAGGACUACUUAUAAUUACAGCAAGGCAGACACACAUGCAGCCAAGAAGAAGGCAACAAUUUGACUGACAAACGCUGCUUGCAUUGUACACGGGGACAUUUGUUCUUGCAGCAAAUGCAUUUACAGCCAAACAUGUAAAUGCAUAUGUUUCCAGCCGAAUAUGUUCUUAUUUAACUUUCCUGGAACUUGGAGUCACAAGUUCCAUCCAUAUUUUUUCCUCAAUAAAAUAAAUACAGAAGAUUCUUUGGAAUACAAAAACAUGUACCAUACCAAACUAUGUGAAAAAGAUACCGACACUGCAUCAAACUUACAUUCUGGUUUAGGAGCUCAACAGAGGCCAAUUUGAUCGAAUUUUCAUUCAACUGUAAGCGACUGCUGUGUUCACAGUUUAUUAAUUUCUGUUUCAUGUGUAUCUGUUUGCAUUUCUGCAUGUUGUAAAAAGGGUAUUUGCAGAAACUUCAAUCCCUCUGCCAGGAGCAUGCUGAGAUGAGUGAGCGUAAGACAGAAGGAGGGAGGGAGAAGGGUUGAAGGAAGCAUAAACCAAAAUAACAUUUUAUCUCAAUGUGAAAUAAGGCUAACCAAAACCCUCCAGAACGUAAUUGCACACUAACACACUCACACACAUUCACACUCCAGGCAAAAAGUAUGUUAUUAUUUUUACUGAAUUCUUCACAUUACUAUUUAUCUGUAAAGCCCUGGGUUUUUGUUUUUGUUUUUUUGCAUACAUUUAUGUCUGCAUAGGUCUGUCCUUCCAUCCAUAGGCUUUCUGCUACUCGUGUUUCUUUCUCACUGACUCCGUGCACACACACUUUCUCUCCCUUCAUCACUCAUUCUCACAACACAUCAAAGAGAUGUCAGAUCAAGCUGCUGCGCUUUGCCUACUUUUCUAUGCGUCCCUGGCAUUCCCACUGCCAACCGAAAUUCUGCUAACACGGAUAAAACCGUGAUCCUCAAGCUUUGAAAACAUGAGUGGAAAGAGCGUUUUUUUUUUCAGGAGAGGCUGCUAACAGAAAAGAGACAAUCAAGCCGGCUAUUCGUAGAUUAGUAGCACUUCUGGAUGAGAGCUGAGAGAGGAGCCACUUUGCAGAUGCAACAUAAAAGAUUGCAGCUACUGUAGGCGUUUCAAUCAGCAUGUUUAUACAUUCAGCAAGCCUGAUUUUUUUUUUUGUCAAGCUGCUUUUUACUUUCUCACAAAGAUGCUCACAUUUAUCACAACCUGUCCCACUGCUUUGCAAGUGUGCAGCGGCGCCACAGUGAAAAAGAUCUGCGGGAAUUAGCCUAAUGUUCUCUGCUGAAAAUACAACAGAACUUGAGUGUGAGUGUGAGUGUGAGAGAGGGGGCUGUGUGUUACAGCUCAGGAAAAGGUCCUUUUGUUUAAAGGGUGGAGGGUUACCAACAGUCUGCGAGAGCUGGCAGCAGAUACAAGCAUGGGAAUGGUCAGCGUGUGACCGUGCGCGCAAGUGUGUAUGUGAGUGUGUGCAGGUAGCUAGAGUAUCAAAGCAAUAGAGCAAGAAUUCAAAGUAACUGCUUAUCAUUUCCAAACACAUGAUCCAGCUGUGCGGAAUUAAACACACCGGCAUCCGCCAUCUCUCCAUCAUCACCCCCCAUGUGUCACACGCCUAGGCCCGCUUACUGGACUGAAUUACUCUGAGAAAAUUGGAUUUUACACACUUCUUUUGUUCAAAAGAAAGACAAAGCUGGACACUGAGACGAUCCCUCAGUCACAGUGAAACCCGAUCAGCUGUGUGUCUGCGCCGCUUUUAUGUGCAUGUGCGUACUGUAAGUCAUGGGUAUUAUUCGGCAGAUGUGGAUACAGAAACGCUCUUAAAUAUUCCAGACGCUUUUCAGGUUGUGCAGUAAUAACAUUCUACACACACACACACACACACACACACACACACACACACACACACACACACACACACACACACACACACACACACACACACACACACACACACACACACACACACACACACACACACACACACACACACACACACACACACACACACACACACACACACACACACACACACACACACACACACACACACACACACGUAAAUUGUUUUGGGAUGUUCUUCACUUUGUUCUAAAGUUUUUGUCUUCUGUUCUCAUGAAAAGUUUGCUUUCAUUGCUCUGAGCUGCAUUUUGAAACACAAUGCUGAACAUACAGAUAAUCCAGAGUUGGUAUAUAAAUCAUACUGUUAAAUUUUUAAUAGCUAACAAACCAAAAAUAAAAGGAGGCAUUUAGUAACUUUUCAAGAUACCUAUUGCAAAAUACAUAGUUACGCUAGUAUUUUAUAAACUCUGCUGCAAACAUAUUAUUUUGUUAAUUAUUAUUUUGAAUAUGUGUGAGGAGUAUGUGUGUGUGUGUGCUUCCUGUGCCUGCCAGUUUGCUGGCGUUAUCAGCACAUUCCAUUGUUGCGUGCUCCGAAAUGAAUUUCCUCUUUUCCUUAUUGUUUUCUCCUCUCGUCUUUGCGAUAGAACCACAUGCAUUUCAAGUUCCUAGUUUCAAACCGGCUUGUGUAGGUGUUUGGAUUUCUGAUUAUUCCUUAAAUUGCAUCAACUACGUGCAUCAAAAACAAACAUUCAACAUUUGAGAAGUCCUCUGACUGAGAAAUGUUUGUUUUAGUAAAAACCUGCUUUGCUGUGUUCAGAAAAACCUUCAUGACAAAACUGUACGUGUGCUUAACCUUAAUAAUUUAUUGUGUCUUUCUCUAUUGUUUUAUUAAAAUAUAUUAGCUGUUUGAUCUUGAUAAAUAAAAGGUUUCUAGACUAA